GAGAAUUUUUACAGCAAUAUCAGCUUUGCUGAAAUAAGAACCUUCACCAUUUUACUAUAUUUUUAAACAAUUUACAUCUUUGAUAUUGUUCAUAUUAGGACACAUUUCUCUAGUAAUUUUUACGUUUUCCUCUUUUUUAGCGAUUCCAUUAAACGUAACAGCGUUUUCUUUGAAUACUAAAAUUUGUAUAUUAAGUAUUACUUAUUCAUGAAAUAUGAAUUUACUCAAUGAAUUUACGAUUAAAAGCUAAAUUAAUUAAAUGUCUAUCCUUUAGUACCUGACAAUAUUUCAAACGAAACUGUUUUUUAUAUAAUGGACAUUUAUUUCCCUGGGCGGUAAUAACUGUGAAUUUAUGUUUGUUUCAAUUAAGAAAUUGCGAUGUCGGGUGAUAAAUAUUACGUUACUUCUUGUUUAACUACACCUUUAGGUUUAAAACUAGCAAUAUUAAUUGUUAUAUCGCUUUAAAGCGAUAACGAUUAAUUACACGGCUUUAAUUUUAUUUCCUUAUCCAUUUAUUAUCAAGGUUUGCUUGGUGGGAACAUGAUAAGUUCUACAAUGUUUUUGAUUUUAACGAUAAGCAUGGUUCACGUUACAUAUGCAAAAAAUAUUAAAAUAAAUAUUGAUUCAGAUGAUUUACUAAAUCUUAUUAAAAUAGUAAUGAGUUCUGAUAUGUUUAAAAAUGUUGCUGCGAAAAUGGUACAAAAAAGGGCUGUACAAACUAUGUACAAUAAUCCUUACCAUCCUGAAGAUGAUGUAGUGGAAAUAGAUAUGAAAACCGAAAACGAGCAUCUUAAACCAGAUGCAAAACGAGAUAACACUCUUAAGAAUAGUCCUGUAGUGCUGGAAGCGUAUUUAGAAAAGGAAAAUGACAAUUUCAUAGCACUCAAAGAAGACAAAAGUGAAGAUGUAUUAACAGAAAAUGAUCAAGUUGGCACAGAGAAAGCUCAAACAACCACUACAUCUAAAACACUUAAAAAUAAAGUUUCGUCACCGCCAAAAGAAAAAUAUGCUUAUGAAAAGACAAUAAAAAGUGAUAAACAUAAUUUCAAGCCUUUGCAAAGAAGAUACGUCUUAAAAGGGUCUUUUAAGUAAUGCAUUAUAGUUGUUAUGAGGUAUUAAGUAGAAAGGAAAAAGCAAUAAAACGAAACAGUUUGUACAAAA